GCAUUGGACACAUAUGUUUCAGGUAUUGAUGUCAGAUUAUACAUGCUGGCAAUCUUGUUACCUCUGAUUUUCGUCAAUUGGAUCAGGAAUUUGAAGUUCUUGGCGCCGUGUUCCACGGUGGCCAACUUUAUUACAUUCAUCAGCUUCGGCAUAAUAUUGUAUUAUAUAUUUAGAGAGCCUUUGACAUUCGAACAUCGUGAAGUGAUCGGCAAUGUGGAGAAUUUCCCCCUUUACUUUGGCACCGUGCUAUUCGCUCUCGAAGCUAUUGGCGUGGUGAGUAAAUACUCGCUUGAAGUGAACGAAAUUUUUGUCCCCUUAAUUGGAAGGUUUUUGAUACUGCCGUUGGAAAACGAAAUGAAGAAGCCCAAGGUGUUCAUGCGCACGUUCGGCGUUCUAAACAUAGGAAUGGGCACGAUUGUAUUCCUCUAUACGGCGCUUGGUUUCUUUGGAUACAUUCGCUAUGGCAGUGCCAUCGAGGGUAGCAUCACCUUAAGCUUAAACGAGCCAUUGCUCCUCGCCAAAAGUGUUCAAAUCUUACUGGCUAUCGCCAUCUUCUUCACUCAUCCGAUUCAGUGUUACGUGGCGAUCGACAUUGCAUGGAACGAGUACAUCGCUCCGAAUUUCGAGAAGAAUUCGCACAAGGUGUUGUGGGAGUAUGUCGUCAGAACAUCGCUCGUCCUUCUCACAUUUCUGUUAGCCGUGGUGAUCCCUGAAUUGGACCUCUUCAUAUCCUUGUUCGGUGCUCUGUGCCUCUCUGGCUUGGGGCUGGCGUUCCCCGCGAUCAUUCAAAUAUGCACGUUCUGGCACCAGUGCGACCGUACAGGAAAGGCCAUAAUGCUGGCGAAGAACAUGUCGCUGGUUCUCUUCGCUUUUCUUGGUUUCGUGGUUGAAGAGCAGGAGGAGGAAGAAAAUGAAGAAGUAGAAGAAGGAACGAAAGGACGGAAGAAACGUCGGAAGAACGAAAACGACGAGGAUGAAAGUGUGGCAAAUGUGAUAACACCCUGUGCUUCAUUAGACAGCACGGCGAAUGGAAUUUUAUACUGGAUUAGCGAUAGUUUGAUAAUACUUGAUCAGUUAGAUGGAGAAUCGUUCAUUUAUGAAUUUGCAGGAGUAGACUGA